CUUUGAAAUCCAAUCCAGGGACUUUGAAGUCCUGUCCAACACUUGGAAACUGUGUGAUCUUAAGUAACUUAAGUUUCAGAUUUCUCAUCUGUAAAGUUGGGAUAAUAAUGCUACCUCUUAGUAUUGUAGUUGGGAUCAAAUGAGAUAAUAUAUAUGACACUUAGCUGAGAUUGAGUCUGGUGGCCUCUACUUUCAAAAUUUACCCAGUGGUUUAUUAGCUUUACUCUGUGAAUCUUAAAGAGGAAAAAAAAAAUCAAGUUUAAUGCAUGUCAAGGUUGAGGUAAAGCCCCCAAAGCCUUAUCCAUUUGAGCUCCUUUAUUGUCAACUAUAGGAUGUCAGUUAAACCCAGAAUAGACCCAGGAGAGGAACUAAUUUCAAAUAACUGUAGAAACAGACCAACCUCCAGAUGUGUAAUGAGGGAAAGAAGUUUUAAGAGGGAGUUUUUUUUCUUUUCUCCCUGCCCCCUACCACCAGUUACAUAUGCAGAGUAGGAAGCAAACUUUUCUCUCUACCUUUCUAUUACAUAUCAUAUUGCUGUUCAGUAUAUUAAAGCUUUUUAUCUGACUGCCUUUUGAGGUGGUCAAUAAUAGGUGCUAACAUUAAACUUGGAGCAGUUAAAUUGGUGAGUUGUGGGGUUACCUUGUCAGUGGAGUGUGAAAAAGACUAAGCUGCGGACUGUUUCCCAGCCUAUAAAGCGUGAAAUGAGUUGGUGCUGAUGCAUGGCGACUAUAGCCAAUGGAGUAUAAAAUACGCUGGGGGCAUGAAUUGUGUUAUGUUGUGAGAAAGACCUUUUUGUGCCAGUUUAUUUAUGUAUUUUGGGACCUCCAAGAUCCUACUGAAAUCAUGUAUCUUGUAUCUUUUGUUGUCUUGAUACUCAGUGUUUUCAUGAAAUGUUUCUUCCAGUUGUGCAAGCUGUAUGUUUUGUCCAGCUGCAGGCAGAGAGGCAGAGGCAAUAAAUACAAAUGUCCAAGGCAGACUAAUAUUAAAAUACUGUAUUAUAUUCUGUUUAAGAUUGCAUCUGAAAAUACCAUCUGCAGUUGGUAUUUGAUAUACAGGUUUCUUCUGUUUUAGACUCAAGAUUUGAAAGUAUACUCUGCCUUCUACUUUGAGCUUCUGCUAGUGUGAGAACUGUGUUACCAGUUUCACUGGUUGGUGGUCCCAUGUUGAAAUGUGCCUCUGGAGAAGGGACAUAGAGAAGGACAGCAUUUUCAAAUGCUUGGAGGAGUUGGUAGGAAUAAAUAUAGAGAUUAUUCUUAUGGGGAAUAGAAGAGAGGGUGUUCCUCUCCUGACACCUGGUGAGGUUCUUUACCAUAUGGCUUUGAGGGUGAGGCAAGGUGAAUGAGGAAGUUUCAGAGACAAUAGUGAAUUAUUGUCAGCCUUUUUAAGUCUGGAAGGUUAUUGGAAAUAGGCAUACUGUGAAAGCAUUAAAGGUCUUUCAUUCUUAUCUUACUUGGUUUUCUCUUUUUACGGCAGCAGUCUUUGAACUCUUUUUGGUUGCUUUGCAGUUACAUGGAUUCUAAGCAAAUUGUGAAUAUUUAUGAAACUAAUGCAUCAUUGUGAGACCAUUCUGCUGAGUAUCAGGCAGUCUAGUAUAGUAGUUAAGUGCAGAGACUUUGAAAUCCCAACCAACACUUAGAAGUUGUGUGAUCUUUAGUUAUUUAAGCUUCAGAUUUCUCAUAUAUAAAAUUGAGUUAAUCAUAGCUAUCUCAUACUACUAUAGUUGGAACCAAAUGAGAUAAUGAAUAUGCAAUGUUUACCACAGUCCCUGUCACAUAGUAAGCACUUAGUAAAUGGUAGCUGAUUAUUAUUCUUUCUCUUCCUCUGCUACUACUAAUGGCACUACUCUACCACUACUUCACUUUUGCUUGUAGGGCCUAAACUGUAAUGAAACAGAAAACACAAUUAGACAUGGUUCGUUGCAGCAGAUUUGGAAAAAUAUGUCAUUGUUCUCUUGGGCAUGGCUUAAUAGUUGUUUCUUAACUAAGUAGAAACUAUAAAAAGACUUUUUAUUUAAAAUGAAAGAUAAGAAUCUUUGUCUUGGUUUAAGAUAGCUUUGCAAAUGAGUCUAAAAAACUGUUUUUUCUAAAAUGUAUUUGCUUAAUGCAAAUAAAUCAGCCUUUAUAUGAGCUUUGGGAAUAUAUAAAACAGUUCAAAGAAUUGUCAUUCCUUAUUACUCACCUAACAUAACCUUACUUGUUUUUUUUUUUUUUUCCCCCAGAGUGAGUGCCUUUUUGGGGAAUUGUUUGAAGUUUUUUUCUUGUGCCAAGAUAGUCACGGUAGAAGUCUUGUCCAGUGUAUGAGGCACAUUUUUGAGGGAAUGGGAUGGAAAAAUCACCCCAAUCAUUUAUCCUUGCUGGUAAUGAGCAUUAGUGUGGAUAAUAUAUUUGGAUUUGAUGUGCAUUAUGUGAUUAUUUUUUCAGCACAAUUAACUUCCUAUAUCCUGAGCAUAUACUUGGUGGAAAACUGAUAAUACAACUAUAAUAGUGGUAAAACUGCUAGUUUAGUUGAUAGACAAUCUGGGUUCUAGUCUUAGUUACUACCACUCAAAUAGUCUUAGAUAAAUCCCUCAACCAGAUGGUUUUCAAAGGCUCUUUUCAGCUAUAAGCUUUUUGUUCGUUUGUUUUGAGACUGGGUCUUGCUCCGUCACCCAGGCUGGAAUAUAGUGACACAAUCAUAGUUCACUGCGCCCUCAAAUUCAUGGGCUCAAGCAGUCUGCCUGCCUCAGGCUUCCAAGUAGUGAGGGUUACAGAUAUGCGCUACCAUUCUCAGCUAAUUUUCUAUCUUAUUUUAAUUUUUUAGAGACAGUCUUGCUGUGUCACCCAGGCUGGUCUUGAACUCCUGACCUCAGGCAGUACUCCCACCUCGGCUUCCCAGAGUGCUGGGAUUGCCUGCGUGAGCCACUGUGCCUGGCUUCAGCUGUAAGAUUUGAAGAUGGAUAUGGAGGUAGCUUAGAAACUGGGAAAUGUAGUAGUGACACAUUUUGGCCACCAGAGGGUGAAGUCCAGUCAUUGAACUUGUGCUCUGUAUUUGACCAGAAUGUGGCGUUCUUGGAAAUGAAGAGGACACAUUGCUCCUCUGUUCAUUUAUGUUAAGUCAUAGAGCCUCUUGUUGUCUGAUUCUACUUGCAUUUAUUAUCUUUCUGCUUUUUUCUUCUCAAAACUUUGUGGGUAGGACUGGGGCAGAUAUUAAAGAAAGGAGAAGAAAGGAAUAGACAUAUCUAAUUGUCAAGUAGUCAUCCAGUUUUGUUCUAUAAAAUAAUGAAUGGCUUUCAGAUGACCUAUGGGCAGCCUCGAUGGGAAGCACAAUAGUAUAGGUCACCACACUUAAUUGUUUGUGGCCAUCUUCCUUCCCCAAAACACAUAGGCACGCACACAACACUUAACCCUCGUUGCCUUCACUCUUUCUGAAAUUCCAAGGGUGAAAACAGAAUGUCUGAGAAAUAUAGCAGAAUGAGUACAGCCCUUAUAAUUGUAACUAAGGUUCCAGUCUUGCAUUGCCACUUAAUAUCUAUGUAACCACGGACAUUACAAUUUUGAAUUCCAGUAUCUUUAUCUGAAAAACUAGGAUGUUGAAUUCUGACCUAUACAGUCCCUUUCAGUAAGUCUAAUUCUAAGGCUCUGUAAAAAUUCUUUAAAGUUUAUUUGAAGGGCAGUGCUAUUCUUAAUACAACACUUUAAUAAAGUAGUAUCUUCAACAAUAGCAUGUUCUUUUUUGAUAGAAACAGAGCUGUAGAUGUUGUUAAGACUUAAAGUAUUAAGUAAACUACCAUAACACCAAGUAGAAAGACAGUUACUACUCCACCGUGGCAUUUUUUUAGCCCCAUAAACAAAUACAAACUAAUUUUCUGUGAAUGUAGGCUCAGGAUGGCAGUGGUUCAUUCAAGAGGGGCCAAGACUAGGGGGAGCCAGGCCAAGCUGUUCGGGUAUAGUUAAUAGUGAGACAUUUUGAGAAGUCGUCAUUUGGGGAUAAGUAAGCUUAGCAAAAGAGGGCAUAUAGGUUCUGGGAACCUAUGUCAUGAAGCUGGAGUCAGAAUCUAUUUCUUCCAGCCACACCAGUGGAAAUAACUUUGACACAAUAUUCAAUUAUACAAGUCCAAGUUGCUGUCUGAGAGCUCAGGAUGAUAAGAUGGAAGGAACAAGGAAAGGCAUGGUAGUCUAAAUACCCAGACAAGCUGAGAUGAGUGUCUAGAAUGUGACAAAGCAAAUGGACUCAGAAGUGUGCUCGUGAAAGCAGGCAAGGAUUAGUACUUACUACGAUAUGUACACAAGAGAGUAGAAGCCAGUCAAGCUGAUUGGGUAGAAACAACAUUUUAGGAUUAUGUUCAAAAGAUAAUUUUAAUCUGUCCUGGUUUUAAUCACUAUCCUUGGUGUUGGUAGAGAAGGUCUAUUUGGUAUGUCUAAGGCUCUACACAUGUUUGAGGCUAGUGAUUAUAUCAUUGACAAACUCUAGGUUGUUUGAUGGUUCUAAUAGCUUUAUACUCCACGGGAUAUACACAUAUUCACAGAUCUGUUCACUACUGCUGCAGAGUUCAUUUCACAGAAAUGAACUGGCUAGUAAAAAAUUUGGCAGACAAACUAGCUUUUCGGGAAGCUGCUAGGAAUGGAGCCCAGCUGUUCCCUUUGGGCUUGAGCUGUUGGAAUUCAUUGGGUUAGCAGCUAGAAAGAACGAAACUGUAACAUUUUUAGUUUGGUUCAUGACAGCAAAGCUGAGGUGUUAGGAUUUCUGUUCUAGAGGUUUACACUUGCAAGUAACUUAACUUGAUUGUGUGUCUUAAUAUUACUGGGCUUCUGACCGCUGAAAUAUGACUUGGAUCGAUGGUGGUUUGGAGAAGGUAGAAAGAGGGCUAUCCAUCAUCCAGAGGCUCCAUAGAAGCUGGCUGAUAAUGCUGCUUUCACCAGGCAGCCAUCUGUCCAUCCAUCCAUCAGUAGGAUGAAAUGAGAUUUAGCGGAACAGGCAGCCGUAACUCUGAGCUACUUUCUAACCAACAAUUGCAGCCCUGGCCUGAGUCUGACCACAGAGCACAGCACUGGGGUUUGGCGGGAUGUGGCAGCAAGUGCAGCCUCCUUCCCGUCACUGCCAGCCUAGAAUGUAUUCAGUAUGAGGCUGUAGCCCAAGCUUACUUCCCAUACACAAUUUGACUAAACUUGGGAUGACAAGUAGACAGAAAUAGUCUUUCAGCUCCAGACUAUUUUACAGGUUGAGCAGAACCUUUUGGUGGGGAAUAUUUUUGCUUAACACUUGGGGUACUUCUAGUAAUUCUGUCAUUGUGGUAUUUAGGGAUGAGGUAAAGGUAAUUUACUGAUUUCAUUUUAUAUGAAUUCUUGUUUUUCUUCGUAAAUACAAAUUUUUACCUAGAUUGUUAGGUUGCAAAAAUGGAAUUUUCAUUCUCUCAUUUCUCUCUACUCUCUUUGGUGGUGCUAAUAUGAAAGGCAAGAAAACGUAGAUGAGGAAAUGGGUAAAAAAUUCGAAGCAAGAAACUGAUGAUCCCUAAAAUGGACAAUUAGGCUCUGAAUAAUUGGUUGUGUACCAUGUCUUCCCUGGUUCUUUUGCAGGAACAUUGAGCCUUCCGAGAGAGCUUCUUAGUAUAGCUCUGUACUCAUGUUGCCUGUCCUGGUACCAUCCCUAGUCAUGGCCAGCUUCCUUGACUGCUUUCUCUCACUGGUCACUUUAGACCUCAGCUCCUGCUCUUUGUUCUGAAACCUUGCUUUUCACUUCAGAUUGGGGGAAGGGUAGAGGGAGCCUAAUGUACCGGAGAUGCUUCGGAAAUGAGAGCCUUGGAUGAAUUCCUGGGCCUAUUGAUCCACCGGCAGUUUAUGCAUCCUGACAUUCAUAAUCUCAGUAGGCUGCUGAUGUUCCUGAUUAAUGGGCCCAGGGGCUGUCCAUCCGUCACUUCACAUUAAUUACUGUAGAGGUGUUUUUCCAGUGAUUUACCUGACAGCGGGCUGUGAUAAAUACCCCGAUGCAGAGUGGGCAGUGAUUAAUCACAGGGCCACACCCCUCCCCCUACUCUUUUUUCCCCCUAACCACAGGUUAGCAUUGGGACCUGACCAAAGAGUGCCCCCUCCUCAUAAGCUGUCUGUCUCCAUAAUUGCUUGUGGAUGCGUAUUUAUUGGGGCAUGGGGCCUGGCAGAUAGCAUUCUAGAACUUGUGCCAAAGAUGAUGAAAAAUAAAUCUUCCCAAUAGGAAGAGUAACUAACAUGUUUUUACAUGGGGCAGAGAAGUGUCUGUGAGCUGCCUGUAUGUUGCUUUUUAAGAAAUCUAAUAGGAAUAUUGCCUACCUACUAUGCAUGCACUCAAUACUGCAAUGGUUGCUUUUUGAGCUUUAAAAAAGAGGAGAUAGAACAACUUUUGUGUUUGCUAUACUUGUAGUAUAUUCAGGGAGAAUAUGUGAACAAAUAUGAGAAAUUAGAGAACAUUUCAAAGUACUAAUAUAAUAUUGGGAGAAUUGGACUAUAACUUCAGGAUUCCAUUUCUUACUUUGUGGCCUUAGAAAGUGAAAUUUAGUUAACUAUUUAAUUAAUGUUUUUCAUGUGUCAGACACUGUAUUCAACUCUGGAGAUAUGAAGAUGAAUGUGAUACAGCUGAGAUCUCAGGGAACAAAGUGUAGUGCCCCUUGCCUCAGUUUCUCAAAGUACAAAAUAAACUUCCAGGAAGUUAUCAAGUUAAUUUUAAAUUAGUAUAAGAUCUAAAGUAAUUUAAAAUCAGUUCUUACAUUAAUUUUUCUGUGAAUAUUUAUUGUAUUCCCAGGGAUAAAAGAAGCGUAUGAAAGAUACUGUCUGCCCUCAAGAAACUUAUAGAGUGUGAGAUAGCAUUCAUAAAUGAAACAGUUGAAUAAGAAUAUAAAGUAGUAUAUAAUGAGAGUGAUAUAAUGACAAUGAGGUAUCUCAGUUUAAACCCAACUCAUUUAGGAGGGCAUUACACAUUAUCAAGGAGGGCAUUCAGAAGUUGGAAGGAGCAGACAAUGAGGCCAUCCUGCCUAGAAUGGAGACUUUGUGUCUGAGAAUGAUAGCUACAUUCUUGAAAUAGUAGAUUGACACCAAAUCAUGGAAAAUCUUGAAUGCAAGAUUGUGUUGAUGCCAUGCAGCAAGAAGCAGAGAGAUGCAGAGUUCGAGCCAGAAGGCCUGACAUGGCACUUUAUGUACCUAAAGCUCGAAGGGGUGCAGUACUCCUUAGGACAGGUGAUGAAGAAGAAAGCUGUGGUUCACCUAACUCUGUGGUGAAAGAAAAGCAAAAAGAAAGCUCUCUCUCCCAAAAAGAAGUCUUUAGAGACAAACCAGAGGCUCGAAGACUAGGUAUCAAUCCUGAUAGAAAGGAGCAUAACUGUAGAGAAGGAAAAAAAUCUUCAACAAAAUUAAGAAAGGACACAUGCCUUCAAAAAACAAAUAGAGUUUGUUCUAAGAGAGGAACCACUGAAUCCAAAGAAGUAUUAUCCCAAGGACAUCAGCAGGGAGCCCCAAAUGCUGGGGUUAUAACUAAUGCACCUUUACAGAGACAUUGUAAACCAAAGAAAGUGGAGUGUUUGGAAGUUGAAACUACAGAUGUGACAGGACAUGAGAGGAUACUUCUGUCACAGGCCUGUUCAGAAAUCAGUGAGGCUCAGGCUCCAAGCAAACCAUUCCAAAAUCUGGAAUUCUGUGACUUCAGUAGGCAUGAACCUGAUGGGGAAACAUUUGAACACAAAGAUUUGGAAGGCAGAAUUGAAACUAAUACCAAGGUUUUGGAGAUACUAUAUGAGUUUCCUAGAGUUUUUAGUUCUGUCAUGAAACCUGAGAAUAUGAUUGUACCAACAAAACUAAGCUCUGAUUCUGAAAUUGUGCAACAAAGCAUGCAAACAUCAGAUGGAAUAUUGAAGCCCAGCAGCGGAGGCAUCACCACUACUUCUGUUCCUGGAAGUCCAGAUGGUGUCUUUGAUCAAACUUGCAUAGAUUUUGAAGCUGAGAAUGUAGGUGGUAUAGCCAAUAGUACAGGUUUCAUCUUAGAUCAAAAAGAUACAGAUUCCAUUCCUGAAACUAUGGGUCACAUCUCUCUGUCAGAGAGCACAAAUGACACUGUUAGUCCAGUGAUGAUUAGAGAAUGUGAGAAGAAUGACAUUACUGCUGAUGAGUUACAUGUAAAACACGAACCUCCUGAUACAACUGUCCUUGCUCAUGAAACACAUAGAGGUAAUGAAUUUAAGAAUGUAGGUGACAUUACCAAUAAAGCAUGUAUGAUGGACACCACAGUUACAUCCUGUAGUGAUCAUGUAACUGUUGAUAGCUCUUAUGUAGUUGCAGUUAGAAUAGCUGAUGAGAUCUCUAAUAAUACACGAAGUUUCUCAAAGUUUAUAGGAAUGAGUGCAGAUGCAAUCCCUCUUCAUGUAGCUGGAAGUGGGAAUGACACUGAAAAUUUCAGCAACCUGACUGCUUGCUCAGGUAUUUAUGCUGAGAGUAUUUCAUCUUGUUUUACAGAGUCAACAGGAAAGUUGAUAGAGAGCUUGUCAGAUUGUGCUUCCUCCUUACCUAUAAAAAAGAUUGCUGGUAGUAAUUAUAACACUUUUUUGGACUCUGAACUCAGUAUGUUAAAUGGGACAAAAGUACUUUCAGACAGUGCCGUGGGCAUUGAUCUGGGUAGUGCUGGUGAUACAACAGAAGCAUCGCACGAACUAAGAACUGCCAAAGAGUUCAAAACAAAAGAGCAAGAUGACUCAGAGAAUGUAGAAUUUGGUGUAUCUUUUCCUGAUAGGGAAUCAUUAUCUAUGGAAACAUCCAUUGAACCAAAAGCAAAUGAAACUUCUCACACAGAGGGAAUUACUGCCACUGAGGAGAGCUGGGAAUCUAUGUUUAACGAUGAUGGUGACUGCCUGGAUCCACGUCUUCUACAAGAGUUAUCAGGGAAUACGAAGGGCAGAGAGAGCAUCCAGGAACCUAGAUUUGAUUACUACAACCAUGAAGUUCCUGAUAUUGACCUCAGUGAUUGUGAAUUCCCACAUGUCAUUGAAAUUUAUGACUUUCCCCAAGAAUUUCGUACUGAAGACCUUCUGCGGGUUUUCUGCAGUUAUCAAAAGAAAGGAUUUGAUAUUAAAUGGGUGGAUGAUACACAUGCCCUAGGAGUAUUCUCCAGUCCAAUUACAGCUCGUGAUGCGUUGGGUAUUAAACACACCAUGGUGAAGAUUCGUCCCUUGUCACAGGCCACAAGAGCAGCCAAGGCCAAAGCUAGAGCUUAUGCUGAGUUCCUCCAGCCAGCAAAGGAGCGUCCUGAGACUUCAGCAGCCCUAGCCAGAAGGUUAGUCAUCAGUGCCCUUGGGGUUCGAAGUAAGCAGAGCAAAACCGAACGAGAAGCAGAGCUCAAGAAACUGCAAGAAGCCAGAGAGAGAAAGCGGUUGGAAGCCAAGCAACGAGAAGACAUCUGGGAAGGCAGAGACCAGUCUGCAGUUUGAACAUCACUCAAUGAAAAGGAUAAUUCCAUGAAUCAGAAAAUGUUUCCAUAGUCUUCAGAUAAGAGGAUCCUUCCAGAGCUCUGUGUACAUGCAGAUGUGCAUGUUAAAGAGAUAAAGUGAUCGAGACAAGGACUGACUGGGUAUAGAAGGAAGACAGACUCCUGUCUUUACUCCUAAAUGCAGUUCUUUGGAAUCACCCUACUAUGAUGGGCAUAGUAGGGAGCCAUCAACUAGGAAGAAACGUGGGAGAUGUGAAUUCCAGGAGUCCCCUGGACAGGGCAAGUCAUGUUAGGGUGGGUCACACUUCCAAGAUAUUUAAAGCAAAUGCAAAAUAGAGCAGAGGAUUCAAACUGCAAGAACGGGAGAUUUAGGCCAUGCAAAGGCAGAGAGCAUUCCUUAGUACCUCACAAAACAGAAUAAUACUGGAGGCAGAGUAGGGGGUGGAUAGAGAGUGGUUAGUACAAAGAGACAGAACAAUGUCUGGUUUACUUGGCCUACACAGAAUCUACACUGCUGGUUCCAGAACUCCAAAGUUGGUGAACUACAGGAGAUGUGGGUAGUUAAGACUCCAAAGUUUAUACUGAGCUCAGUGCCUGGGACCGUUCCAGCUGUACUGCAGCCAGGGGGGAUGCCAGCUUCAUUCCUCAGAGUAAACCAACCUUGGGAGCUGUGUGCCAGUUCCAGUGUAAGCAGUAAUACCAUGUUGUAAGAGCGGACAUUAAAGCCCAUUUUAUGACAUAU